UGCUCAAGGCACAUCCCAUCUUCACCUCUCAUCCACCAGUCCAUUUGGUUCCUUUCUCCGCUGACCAUCCUAGGAGCUGAAACAGUCUUACAAUGCCUUCUGCUAAGUGUUUGUUGUCUCUGAUGGUGGUGCUAGUGGCUGCCACUGUGUGUGUGGUACAGGCAGAUGAGAGGAUUCAGAUGUGUGGGAGAGACCUGAUUCGUCUGGCUGUGUCGCACUGUGGUAACUCUCGGCUGAGGAGAAGCAUCCCGUACGUACAGCUGGAGAAGCAGCAAUACACCUGGGACCAGGAUGACUCUGCAGAGGAGCAGAAGGCUACUGAGACGGUCCGCACAUUGCCAGAGUCUGAUGGGGAGAAGGAAGUGUUCACCUUGGCUCCUCACUGGUACCGCCUGUCCCCUCGAGUUAGGCGGGCUGUCGGAAAAAUAUCUGACAUUUGCUGUGAGAAGGGCUGCAGCAUGAGAGAGUUGAUCCAGUUUUGCUAAAUUCAGUAACUUCUAAAUCAUAAAAUCUUGUCUUAAAAUGUUCUGAUCUGUACUGCAAUGUUUAAAGGAACCUCAACAGAGUUGCCCAAUAUCAACAUAUCAACAAUGAUGUAGCAUCCUAAAAAAUACUACACAACCUUUAUUAUA